AUGGACGCGACAGCAUGCGAACCGCCAGCCGAGCGCGAGAUGCUGCACGACCACCCAGGAGCCCCUCGCAUCCAUCAUCCCCACCAGCUUGCCUUGGUGUCGGCAGGGUCUUCGCAAACCCAGCAAUCGGCACCCGCCACUGGUGGAGUACGCCGCAUGCGAUGGACCAUCAAUAUGAAUACAAACGCAUUGCGGGCGUAUUUAAAGGAGAAAGGGGGAGAAAUUGGAGGUUUCGCGUAUCGGUCUAGGAUGCAUCGUCUUUUUACUGAGCUGGAGCCAUCUAUUACUGUCACCGAGCAAAACCUGGCUGACGGAGUUCGGUAUGUCUUACGCUCAAAUAUAUUUGAUGGCGCCGAACUCGAUCGGCUACGACGUGAGGCUGUUCCCUUAUCAAAUGAAAACGCUACGACUGGGGGUGCGGUGCCACAAGUUGCAGAACAACCCGCACACGUGGAUGCCGCCGAGAAUACCUUAGUGGUUGCAGAUUCAAAUGAUGAUGGAACAUUCACCCAGGAACUAGAAAUAGAGCAAAUGAGGAGUACAUUGGAAGAGGCGAUUAUGGAAACGCGCAGUACGCCUCUCGAAAAUCGACCGCGACUUCCCCGCAUAGCCCUAAGCAAGCGGAAUCGGGCUGUCGUAAGGGCUCUGAACCCAAUGCUGGUGACCUAUUUGGAAGCCAGCCGGGAACUUUGCGAGACGGACUCAAUUCUCUUUGGCGCCGCACUGGCAGUCUGCCGUAUUAUAGGCGCCAAACUUUCCACGGCUGGACGCACUACUGGACAAAGUAGUGCUAUCCCAGCCUAG